AUGCAGAGAGGAGCAGAAUUUAGUGCUAAAAAUAUUCCUGCCAGAGAAGAUGUUAACAAUUUCAAAGUAAAAAGAACCGUCAUCCAAUACUACAGAGUACCAAUUAGGGUACAGACAGUAAGUGUUGGUACAACCAACACAUACAUCAGAGACGGUCAGAAGAAGUCUGCCACAACAAUGGGUUUCGCAGACCAGAAUGGUGCAAUAAAAGGGCAGUGCUUUGACAGUAGCAAAUUAACAACCAUCAAAGAAAACUGCUGUGUCAUGAUCAGAAACUACAUCUUCCGGAACAAUACGAUCAUUAUAACGUCAGCAACUGAAGUAAAUGUUACUAGUGGAGUUGGAGACAUUGCCCUGAUCCACCGGAGCCAAUCUGCUGAACUAUCCAGACCACCACCUCCACCAGCAGUUGUUUCUAUUGAGAAAGCCAAGAAAACAACAGCAUAUACACGUGUAUCAGAGAGACAUGUGGAUGCUGUAUUAGAAAGAGUAACGUUAAGAACCAAAAAAACCAUCAAGCUAAAACAAUUAUAUCUGCAGGACAGUACUAGGGAGGUUAAAAUUAGUAUGUGGAGACAACUGGCAGAAAGUUCAAUAGAAGUUGGGAAAACUGUCAAAAUAACUUUCCUGAAGCUAAAUAUCCAUAAAGGACAGACCAGCUUACAAACCAGCCCUCAAAGUACACUUGAGUUUGUGUCAGAACAACACAAGGUGGUCAUAGAUGGGUUCUGCAAGGAAGAGGAUGACAUAAUUCUUGUGUGCAAACAAGAUGAGGUGUACACAAACUAUAAAUGCCCUCGUCAUGCUCUGAACGAAUUGGUUGGUGAUGAAGAGGAGGCAGAAGCAGUUAUUGAUGGGAUGAUUCCCUUCAAUGCUAGGAUUGUUGUUUCAGGAAACAACACCAUAUCAUCAGUGACAAUGGACUAA